GUCAGUGCUGUGCAAACACCGCCGCCCCUAUUUAAGGGGCCGCCGCCGAGGCGUCCCCCAACUUCUUCUUGUCCCUGCCUGGGUGCUCGGUGCUCUGCCUCGCUCCGUCAUCUAGGGUCCGACAGCAAUGUACAGUGGUAUAUGCAUCUGCGUGUUCCUUGCUGUGCUCUCAGUGAGUUCUUUCGGACAGCAAACUGGGGGCUCACACAAUGACAACCUUCUGGCUGCUGAGCUUGAGCAGAGCUUGACAGAACAUCACCGACAUGCCCGCGCCCCUUCGUCUACUGGCCCCCUGAAAUCUGCGCCACGGCUGGAUGGAAGCCUUGACCAAAGGGGUAGCAUUGGAGCUUUGUUGGCCAAGUACCUUCAGCAGGCCAGAAAAGGUCCCACUGGAAGGCUCUCAGUUAUGGGAAACAGGGUACAGGGUAUCGAUCCUACGCACAGGAUAAAUGACAGAGACUACAUGGGCUGGAUGGAUUUUGGACGCCGCAGUGCUGAAGAAUAUGAGUACUCCUCCUAAAGAACAGCUGACUAUAGCAACAGGAAAACAAAUCACACUCCUAUGUCUGUACAGAAAGAAAAAAUAAUUUGUUGUCCUCUUUAAAUCAGUGUUUUAAAAUAUAUCAUGUAUUCGAUGUAAAUUUGUCUGUAAGACUAUACAAUGCAAUAUAUACAUAUGCAGAAUUUUCCAGAAAAUGCUUUCUUUCUUUUGUGGUUUCUCAUACACCAAUAUUAUAUUAAAAUGAUUUCACUUAUUCCUUCUUGUCCUGUCACCGCAUGUUGCUGGGUGUCUUACUAUAAAGAGAGGCAGGAAAAUGCCUUCAUUCAUUCAUUGUACAUAUUCCAUGUGUUAAGUAGUCAGACAAAUGAACCACUUUUUAGAGAAAUCUUGUCACAGUAGCGGUGAGCUCUCUGAGGAGAACCUGUCCAAAACCAAAUACAACAGCACAAUGCUGCCAGAAAAGGCCAGCUGUCUUCACGGUGACCCCAUCUGUAAAGGACUGAGUUAUAUACCCAACCUAUGUAUUUGUGGCGAACAGUCAACAGCGCUAAAAACUAGAAGAAAAAGAGGAAUGACACCAAAAUGUUUCACCUUCUUGGCUUAUUUAUUUUAUGUUGUGAACUAAAUGUGAAAGUUCUGCUGAUGACUGCGAAUCAUGGAAUAAACAGACCAUUUCCUGC